AAACUGUAAUACAAACGAAGUUAAAUGCUGAAAAGAAUUAGAUUUACUUUAGAAGUAAUAUAUGUUCAGCAGGGUGAUAUUGGCAGAAUUUAAUUGUCAAUCCUCUGUAUUUCUUAUUUUUUUAAGGUUAAAAACAAUAAACAAACCAUUGUCAUCUUGAACAGCAGUGAACAAAGAGUGGUGCCUUGAAAAUGACUCAGAUUAUGAAUGCAGAUAAACAGGGCCUGAUUUUCGAAAUCAUAUCAGCCAGGAUAUCAGAAAAACCCGAAGACAAAAAAUAUGUUAUUUAUACGUUGCAAGUACGAUUUAUAUCUGGGAAUGAUGAUUUAACGCCUUCUGUGAUAGAAAGAAGAUACACCCAGUUUGAAACCCUUUAUACCCUGCUGAGGAAAGAGUUUCCCACAAUGUUUCAAGAUAUUGCAUUCCCUAAGAAAGUCUUAACGGGGAAUUUCGACAAUGAACUUAUAACGGCUAGAAGCACUGCUUUCGAGGGUAUUCUGAAGCGUAUUUCGCAAGAAACUAAACUCCGAACCUCUAGGGCUAUGCAACUGUUUUUGCAAGAGCCUGAACUGAGUGAAGCUAAACAGCUUCUUGCCUCACAUUCAUACGCUGCGGCCUAUGAAGGGUUCCAAAAAAUUUUUAAGUUGCUAAAUAAAACUUUUUCAGAUAGAUCUCAUGCGGUUAUCCUAACGCUUUGCCGAAUUGUUGCCUGUUGCUCAGAAUGUCCCACCUUGGAAGAGUCUUUGAAAUGGACAAAACUUGCCCUAUACAGAUUUGAUGGUGUCAGUGAUAGCGACGUGCUCGAAUUGUACCUCCCUUUGCUAAAUGCCAGCAUAAAGGUAUACGAAGGUCACAAAAAGAACACUGAGGAACUCUCAGCUCAGAUAGAAAUGUUUCGGAAGCAAGGCGUUAGAGACGUUGAAGGCAGGGAAUUAGCAAGAGCGGUGAAUGAAGUAGAAGCAAAGCUAUUCUAGAACAGUGAUAUUAGAGAAUAUUGAUUGAAAAUAGUCAAACUGCUUUAAUAUUAGUGCCCCUUUCAUCAUGGGGCACAUGUGAUAAAUAAUUCAAUUACAUUUUCUAGGCCGAUGUAUUCUGAGAUUAUGUACCUAAAUAUGCUCGAUUAUAAUUAUUUAUUCAACAAUAUUUAUACAGAUGUACGCAUUAUCAGCAAUAUUUUUACCAAUUAUCAUGAAUUGGCACCAAUAAAUUUACUUGCAAAAUU